AGGUGUGGCUUUGCUUUUGUGUUCUAUUUAUCUUUCAGGUGUCAAGCCUCCACCUAUUGGCCAGUUUGAAGUUGAUUGGCAUGUGUCUAUUGGCUGGUCUGGGCCCAGUUGGCCAAUCGCACUCUAAGGAUCACUACAAAUGAGCAGCUCCCUGGCAAGCUGGUGGCUUCUGCUUUAUGACAAACAUUUGUGAACAGGCUUCUUGGUAUUGUGUGUGGUGGGAGGCUGGACAGUCGGACAGUAACAAUGAGCAACCACGAAGAACCCAAAGACACUGCAGCUCCUCACAUUGUGAAAGAAGAGCUUAUUGCGGCAGGGAAAUGGGUGAAGCUGGAAAAGACUACAUAUGUGGACCCCGCUGGAAACACCAGAACCUGGGAGACUGUGAAACGGACAACGAGGCGGGCCAACACUGAAGCAGAUGGUGUGGGAAUAAUCGCUCUGCUGAAACGGACGCUGCAUAAGGACUGCGUAGUGAUGGUGAAGCAGUUCCGCCCUCCUCUGGGAUGCUGCACUCUGGAGUUUCCUGCAGGAUUGAUUGAUGAGGGGGAAACUGCCGAGGCGGCUGCACUGAGGGAACUGAAGGAGGAAACUGGUUACACAGGAGAAGUAGUAGGAGUCACUCCAGCGACCUGUCUGGACCCUGGUCUGUCUAACUGCACCAUUCAGACUAUCCUGGUCAACAUCAAUGGUGACGAUGUGGAGAAUAUCAACCCAACACAGAAACUGGAUGAUGGAGAAUUUGUCGAAGUUAUUCUUUUACCGCUUGACGAGUUCCAGACCAAAAUAGACGAUUUGUUGCAGAAGGAAAAAAUAAUGGUGGAUGCUAGGGUGUACAUCUUCGCCAUGGGAAUGGCUCAGGCCUUCUUUAAGCCAAGGGAGCUGCCUGUGCUGAAGCAGUGAAGGCAAAGCGCUGAACGAGAGGAAGAAAUAGUCUCUUUUUUUGUUACACAGGGCUUCUUCAUAGGAGCGCAAGAUUUGGACGUGUGUUUUUAAAAAUUAGGAUAUUUUUAUUUUUUUCAAAUUGUGAAAUCAAAAUAUUUGUGCUUUUGGGACUGAUAGACCUAUGUAUUUAAAAUCAUACUCAAAACCAAAAACUUGAAGUCAGAGGAGGAAUUCAAAGCCGUGAGAAAGCGACUCUAUGAAGAAGCCCUGUUUACACUACAUGUGCUGGACCAGUUUUUGCUCUCGGUGUGAAGAUUCCAUCAUAAGUCAUGGUUGGGCUUUAAGCCUGACAAAUAGUAGUUUCCAAGUUUUUAUAAGAUUAUAAGACAUAGCUUGACUUAACACAGGUUCUUGUAGGUUUUGUUUACUGAUUUGAAAACAUUCCUUUACAUGUGCUUACAUACUGUUUGACUUAACGAGAGAAAAAUCCACCUCAAACUACUUACCUGUUUAAAAGCUGGCUGUUUGGGCUUUGUGGGGAGCUUCACUAAGUUGAAUCAUUCCAGUUCACAUCUCCUUUGGUCAUUUCACAAUGGAAAGGCGCCAUUGGUCACAAAAAAAGUGAUAACGGUAACAUAACUAGCGGAUGUAUUAACAUUUUAAGAGUGUAACUUCACUGUAAUGUACAGCAAAUGAACUGUAUUGAUUUCAGUGACUGCUGUGCCUCAAACAUUUAUGCGGUGCAAUUACCUGGAGAUUGGUACUGUAUUUACCCUAGCACCUAGAAAUUACUGACCCAUGAAUAAACAUAUUACCCCUA